AUGGGAUGGAAUUCCAUCGAUAAGAAGGGCCAUUCGACAAACUCGACCAUCGGAAAUAAUGUUUUUGCCCAAGAAAAUCAUUUUGGUAGCGAUUAUUGGGUUUCCAAUAAACGGCCAGUUUCACCGGAAUCCGCCUUUAUCUAUCCCAUUUCUGAUUGGAGCGACCCAUAUUCGUAUGUAAACUCUUCGAUUUCAAAUGUAUUUUAUUGGAUCAAUCUCCUCCAUGACAUACUAUACACGUAUGGAUUUGACGAGCCUGCUGGAAACUUUCAAAACAAAAACUUUUUACGCGGCGGAAAGGGAUUUGACGCCAUCAUUGCGGACGUCCAAGAUGGUUCUGGGGAUAGCAAUGCCAGUUUUAUGUCGCCGCCUGACGGCCAACAUGGGCGCAUGAGAUUGUUUCUAUGGUCCAAAAAUAGACCAGCACGCGAUGGCGGCCUGGAAAGCUGCAUUAUAGUUCAUGAAUAUGUGCAUGGCCUCACGUCCAGACUCACAGGUGGCCCCUCUAAUGCAGACUGUUUAUCGUUUGGAGAAGCAGGGGGUAUGGGAGAAGGUUGGGGAGAUUUUUUUUCCAUCUUGCUUCGAAUAAAUGGCAGCACACCUAGGGAUGCUUCAUUCGGAAUCGGAGAAUAUUCAAACGGAGAAACAUCCUCCAACAUCAAAGGCAUAAGGACACAUCCAUACGGCAUGAAUAGUAAGUUGUCCUGCUCUUUCAUAGACUCGAUAACCUACUCUUCAAUCCGAAAAGAGAUGCGGGGCAUUCAUGCCAUAGGGGAAGUAUGGGCUCAAACCCUAUAUGACGUCUAUUGGUCUCUCAUCGAAGAUUGUCAGUUUACUGCCCACAAUCCAUUUUGGGAUGAUGGGAAGAAAUCUCAGCCUAAGGGGCCAAAUGACAUAAUGCUCGGAUUGCUGAUCGAAGGAAUGAAGCUACAGCCUUGUUGGCCAACAUUUGUGGAUGCCCGAGAUGCAAUUCUGGCAGCUGAAAAGCUAAGGUACAAACAACUGUUCAGAUGUUCCCUUUGGAGGGGGUUUGCUUCAAGGGGUCUUGGGAUAAAGGCGUUGCCUGGGGGCAAGGAAUGCUUUCUAUUACCAGAGGACUGCACUUGGAAUAUAUAA